AUGGAGAUGGGGGUUGGCUUCCUCACUCAGACUGCAGCUGGGAUCCUGGGAAACUCCUCUCUUUUUUCCUUUCAUAGCUACACCCUCCUCACUGGACAGCAGAUGAAGCCCACAGACCCAAUCCACCACCAUCUGGUCUUUGCCAACAACUUGGUUGUUUUAUCCAGGGGAAUCCCUCAGACAAUGGCAGGUUUGGGAUGGAAGUACUUCCUGGAUGAGGCCGGAUGUAAAGUUGUUUUGUAUUUUCACAGAGUAGCCAGAGGGGUUUCUCUUAAUGCCACCUGCCUUCUGAGUGGCUUCCAGGUAGCCUUAUUCUCUUCCAUUGAUGUUAUGUGCUUGCUUUUCAUGAUGUGGGCCAGUGGCUCUAUGGUCCUUGUCCUGCACAGACACAAAGAGAUGUUCUGGCACAUUCACAGCCCCAUUUCCUCCCAAAGACCUAGCCACCAGGCCAGGGCCACAAGCACCAUCCUGGCCCUGGUGAGCAUGUUCGUCUUCUUCUACUGCCUCUCUGCCAUUUUCACUGUUUGA